GGGCGCAAGAGGAAGCGCCGCCGCCUGGUUCCUGCGCCUCCUCGACGCGCGGAGUCGGGAGGAGCCAUUAAGGCGAGAGCCAAAGAAGGCGGCGCGGGCGAAGGGAGACGCGCGCAUCCCUCCGCCCAGCGUUGGGGGCGCGCAGGAGGAGACGCGCAGGCGGCGGGGAAGCUGGCGCGCCCGCGGAGACAAGGAGCUUUGCGCGCGGGUGCCCUUGGGACGAGACUGCAUGACUCCGGAGCGAGUCCCCAGUCCUCAUUCGGUCGACGACGACGCCCGCAGACUCCCACCGGCUUUUCCUUGCGGGGUGGGAGAAGCCUCGGCCCGUAAGCCUUGCCCCCGCGGACCCCCCAGCCGCUCUGGCCCCUGCUUCCUCCCGCUCUCGCUGGCUCGCGGACUCCAAUGUUUUCCUCCGCAGCCGAGAGGGACAAAUGGGGACCUCGCUUUGACUGUCCCCCUUCCACUUCCGCCGCCGCCGCCGCAGCCCAGGCCAGCGCGACAGGACGGAAGAGGAAAGCCAACUUCUCCAACGACGAGACGGAAACCCUGGUCUGGAAUGUAGUGCGGCACUUCAGUGCCCUGUAUGGGUCGGAAUCGUUCCGGGCUCACCCCGUCCGCCGGAAGCAACUCUGGACCCAGAUCCAGAGCCGCGUCAACUUCCUCGGUUACACGGAGCGCUCCAUCGACGAUCUCAAGCACAAAUGGCGGGACUUGAGGCUGGACGUCAAGAAAAAGAUCACGGCCAAGAGGCCACCCCCAGUGCACCGGCCAGGGCCCCCCCACAAGCCCCGCCUCACGCCCCUGGAGAAGAUGGUGGCCUCCACAUUCCUGCAGCCCACGCAUGACUUGGAGCCCGAAAUCGUCUUGGACCCGGAGAUUUUCUUCCCCGGAGCGUUCAAGCAGUCCUUUGUAGCUUUGCAGCCGGGCCUCAACCACCCCAGUAUCUACAUUGACACCAACGGGCAGCCCUCCUCUCUCCCUGACGUCGAAGGCUCCCUGGUGCCUCGCGUGGGGGUCCAGAGCCCCGACCCCUCCUCUAUGCUUUGCGAAUACAGCAGAGGCGAAGGGCAGAGCAGCUCAGCCGAAUCGGGACCAGAGCUACGGACCCCGGAAAUGUCCACCAUGUCCCCCCAGCUCCGAAACGAAUCCCUCGUCUCCUACGCUUCCGAGGAAGAGGAUCGGGACGGGCCGGAGGCGGAGGGCAGGACGAGCCUUCAAGCGGCGCUGGAAGCUCGGCUGUCGGCUGAGGAAGACUCGAAGUUGUCCGGCCGGCAGGCCGCGAUGCUUAUCCGCAGGUGCAACUCUCAGGGGUCGGCCGCCUCCCUGCCAGAGGAUGCCCUCAGCCACGCAGACGCCCACUCAGACUGGGACCACGAGGGGGGCCCUGACAUCCCCGCCCUGGGCCGCUCCCUCGACCCCUCUCAGCCGGAGGAAGAGGAGGCGGCCAGCCAGGCUGCGGAGAUGGGCUCCUUGCCCCGGGGGCUUCUGGGGCCUGCGUGGGAGAAGGAGGAGGAGGAGGAGCAGCACUCCCGGUCUCCUCUCCACACCGGGGCCCUCACCGAGGAGUCCCUGCCAUCCUCUGCCUCACCUCACGCAGACCAGGCACCCGCCUCGCAGGCCUUGCCCAGGGGGGUGGGGUGCUCCCGCCGGCGGGAGGGUGGCCGGGAGACCUGGAGGACUAACAUUCGGCGGCUGAUGGACAUGGAGGACCAAUGGGACCAGCUGUACCACCAAGAGCUCGCCAUGUGGCAAGAGGAGAGGGCGCAGCAGCGAGACGAGCGCGCCCGUGACAGGGAGCUCCAGUUCCGGCUCCUAGGGGUCCUCACCGACAUCCGGGACGAACUGCGGUACUUGCGGCAAGAGAGGGCCGUGGCGCAGCAGGACAGGCCCGCGGCCCGCCAGGAGACGGCGUCGCAAACAGUCACGCCGGCGGCCCACACCUCCUCCUCUCCUCUGAAACCCGAGGCGGCACCUCCAGAGGCAUCCCUCGAGUGCACCCCUCUCUUCUUCCCUCUGAAAGCCGAAGGGGGCCUUUCUGGACCGCACCCGGGGAGAGGCGGCCAGGGAGAGGCGGCCAGGGCGAUUCGGAGCCCCCACGGCGUCUCCCGCCGGGGCCGGGGUCGUCCGCGCGGCUCCACGUCCAAGCACAGAAGGAUGUUUGUGCCCAGCAGCUAGGGGGGAGCGGGCGGUUCCUAAA